UAGAGUCAGAAUCUAUCUUAAAAAAAAAAAAAAAAAAAAAAAUUGGCCCUAAUCCUCUUCCGUAGUUCAGCCUGUGUGAGAACCCUCCUCUCUCUCUCUCUCUGCCGGUCUCCCGCUUCCCACCAUCAUCACUGUCAAAUUGGGAGCCUGUCUCUAUGACAACGUAGUACAGGCGGGGUUUGCCAGCUGGAGGCAGAGUCAAUCAGUCCUCAGUUGGCAUCACAGCUCGAAAACCUCCACACCGCAUCACGCCCUGGGUGGAAUGGAAGAAAAGGACAAGAAAGAAAAUGGGGAGUACAUCGGAGAGAUAAAGGGUGGGCUGCGGCCUUCAAUGAAACUGGUUGUUAUGGGAAUUAUCAACAAGAAACCCAAAAGCAUUGAGCUCACUGUGUCCACGAAGCCUCAGGACGCGGACACGGAGGGCGACGUGGGUCUUCUGCUGAAGGUCAGCUUCAUGGAUAAGGCCGUCCAACGCAACGCCCGCCUGGCUGGAAAGUGGGGUCCGGCUGAAAACACCCUCUCCUUCUUUCCUUUCGCACCUGGAGAAUCCUUCAAGAUGGAGAUCGUUUGCGAGCACCAGCAGUUUCGUAUCCUGGUGGACGGACAGCCUCUGUGUGGCUUCACCCACCGGAUCCCAAAGCUCGCCUCCCUCACGUCCUUACGAGUCUUUGGAGACCUACAGCUCACCAAGGUGGCCUAACCCCCGCAGACGAACAACACCAGGACGUCCCGGGACACCAGACAAUACACACGAUUAGAAUAGAGCUACUUCUUGAGUGACUAAAUUGACCCCACGAUGGGGAUGUUGUGUUUCCAGUUCCAAACAAAGUUUUACCUGCCUCGUAAUCACGUGUAAAGUCUAAGUGCCUUCACUAGAUUACCUGUUCGGGGACUUGAAGAUACUGACUGAAUGUAACAGUCAUCAAUGUCUUAAAUCAACUGAGGAAUGUGAUUUGAACUGAAGUGAAUUAAGUUUUAAACAAUGCGGUCUAAGCUACGAUAUUUUUCCCUCGAUGAACGUUUGUACAAACAUGAUGUGUCAGCAGUAAAAGCAGCUGCAUCAGGCUUUGUGCACUGAAACCACAUUUCAGAUGGUUCGUUCUUUGAUUUCUCUGGAGUUAACCUUUGAAAGCACUUACGUUUACGAGCGCCUGCAUGAAGAUGAAUGUUUUCUGAAAUCAGCUGAUUGUCAUUCUGUGGCCGACUAAGUACUGUAACAGGUGUAACAAUGUAAAAUGAUUUAAGUAGCCUACAUUAGUGCAUGUCAGUGUUUCUCUCCUCUGAGUUUAUCUCCCGUUUUACACAUUCGAUUAUUACGUCACACUUUCUGUUACUGCACCGUCAUCCACUAACGCCCGCUGGUUCCCGUCCGUUUCAUUUACCACUAGCACUUUUUAUGUGAAUGUUACAUAUUGACUUUACUUCACUGCAAUAAAUCACUUUUGUUGUUA